GAUGGACCUGAUUUUUGGAAGAUGGGAAGAUAUAAGUGGGAAUCCGCUGCCGCCAGAUAAUGGUCAACUUCUGCCUCAGCCUCCGCCCAGCCUCACCCUUGGUAGAGAUAGCAUGUUGGACCUCCUGCUCUGGGCCGGUUUCUUAGUUGCUUGUGUGUUCUUUGUGGGAGCUCCACUGUGGGUGUUCUUGAGUCAUUUCUUCCUUGUUGAAAUCCCAUCAGGAAUCAGCCACCCCAAGAAGCUUCGGCUUUACCACUGCAUCUUUGAGCUGCUGUUGACAUGGGGCAGGAUUUUGGAGAAGACAAACAUCUGUUCCAUGGGCCAGUUUGUCCGUUUUGUACAUGAUCUGGUGCCCCUGACGAAGGAUCCAGAUGUGGUGGUCACAGACCUGCACUUCGGGACAAUCCCUGUGAAGUUGUAUCAGCCCAGGAGUUCCUGCAGCACCCUCAGGACUGGCAUCUUGUUCUACCACGGAGGCGGGGGCUUGCUAGGGAGCCUGAAAACCCACCAUGGCAUCUGCCUUAUUUUGUGCAAGGAGAGUGACUCAGUGGUCCUAUCUGUUGGAUACCGCAAAAUGCCUGAGUAUAAAUAUCCAGUAAUGUUCCAUGAUUGCAUGGCAGCCACCGUCUACUUCCUGAAGUCUCUGAGUGCAUUUGGGGUGGAUCCAGCCCGCGUAGUGGUCUGUGGUGACAGCAUGGGAGGGGGAUUGUCCGUCCUGUUGUGUCAACAGCUUUUGAAGAGUCCCCAUCUUCCAAAGAUCCGUGCACAGAUGGUCAUCUACCCUGUUCUUCAUGGCCUCGAUUUCCAGUCACCAGCUAAUCAGCAGAACAAUGUUCCAUUACUACCUAGAAAUUUUGCCAUCUAUUGUUUAAUGACCUAUUUGAAUAUCAACCCCUCCUGGAAAAGAGACAUGGAAACAGGUGCCAAUCUGCCCCCUGAAAUCCACGAGAAGUACAGGAAGUGGUUGGACCAUGGAAAUAUCCCCGAGAGAUUCAAGCAGAGGGGUUACCGCCAGAAGCCUGUGCUGCCCAUGAAUGACUUGGCCUAUGAGGAGACGCGCCUUGUGCUGGAUCCCAUGAUUUGUCCACUGGUAGCAGAGGAUGAAGUGAUGUCUCAGAUGCCUGAAGCUUUCAUCGUGAGCUGUGAGUAUGAUUAUCUUCGGGAUCACUCGCUGCUGUACAAGAAGAGGCUGGAGGACUUGGGUAUCCCAGUGACAUGGUUGUAUGUGGAGGAUGGUUUUCAUGGAUCACUUGGCACAAUUGACACUAUUUUCUUUUAUUUUCCCUGUUCCCGAAAAAUUAUGAAUGGUAUGGUUGAUUUUAUCAAGCAAUUGUGACCUGGUUCCUCUGACUACAUGUACAGAAAAGUGGGUUCCUCAAUGCAAUGAUCUCUCUGUCACUCUGUGUCAUUGAUGUUGGGGAAAGUAAAUUGGGGUGACAUUAAAUAUUCAAGUUGUCAUGAUCUACAUUGUAAAAUAAAAUCCAUGAGUUUGUGAAAUUACCCCACACUAGUAUUUCUAACCCUGGGUGGAUGGGUCUGAAGCAGGUAGGGUAGCCAUGAAGGAUUAAUAAACCAAGCC